AUGGCUGCAAAAACGGAUAUGUCAAAAGCUUUUGACAGAGUGGAAUGGCAUUACCUUCAAGCAUUACUUCUUUCUCUUGGUUUUGACAAUAUAUGGGUGAAAUGGAUCAUGUCCUGUGUUACUACAGUCACCUAUUCAGUCCUUUUGAAUGGUCAAUCUUACGGUUACAUUUCUCCACAGAGAGGACUCAGGCAAGGUGAUCCUAUCUCACCCUUCCUCUUUGUUCUCUGUACCGAAGGUCUUACUCACAUGAUGAAUCAAGCUUCACUUAGAGGAGAUCUGAAAGGAAUUCAAUUCAACUUGGCUGGCCCGGAAGUUCACCAUUUUUUUUUUGCAGAUGAUAGUCUGUUCCUAUUCAAAGCUGAACUUUCUCAGUGCCAAGUCUUUCAAGACAUCCUUCUCAAGUACGGGGAAGCUACAGGUCAGGUCAUAAAUCUCUCCAAAUCAUCACUAACCUUUGGCAAAAACACCUGUCCUUCUCUUAAAGCACAAAUUAAAUCAAAGCUUGGUAUUUAUUCGGAAGGAGGAGCUGGUUCUUAUUUGGGUUUACCUGAGUGUUUCAGUGGCUCCAAAGUUGAAAUGCUUGCAUAUAUACAAGACAAAAUGAAAGGCAGAAUGUCUGGUUGGUAUUCUAGAUUUCUUUCUCAAGCUGGAAAGGAUGUUAUUUUAAAAUCUGUGGCUAUGGCUAUGCCUAUAUACGCCAUGACUUGUUUUAAACUUCCUAAAACCACUUGUAACAACCUUAAAUCAGCAAUGGCAGCUUUCUGGUGGCAAGCUUCAGAGGAUAAAAGUAAAAUACAUUGGCUUAGUUGGGAUAAGCUUUGUAUUUCAAAGGAAAUGGGAGGAAUGGGUUUCAAGGAUAUUGAAUUAUUUAAUCAAGCUCUUCUUGCUAAACAAGCUUGGAGGAUCCUCACAAAUCAAGAUUCUCUCUUGACUCGGUUUUUGCAAAGUAGAUACUUUUCUAAUGGUUCCUUCUUAUCAGCAACUCUUGGGUCCAGACCUUCCUACGCAUGGCGCAGUAUUUUGCAUGGUAGAGAACUUUUGGAAAAAGGCUUAAGGAAUUCGGUUGGUAAUGGUCUCUCUAUAUCGGUUUGGUCCACGCCUUGGCUGAUUGAUGGUGAACGUCUUCGCAUUCCUCUCAUGAAGAAUAUCUUGGUGGACCUUAAUCUUAAAGUCUCUGACCUUAUGAUUCCCAACUCUGAUCUCUGGGACCAUCAAAAGUUGGAAAACCUGUUUUAUGAUCAAGAUAUUGAAAUCAUUCUUAAGAUUAAACCAGCAGUGUCUUCUCCUGAUUUUCUUUGCUGGAACCACACCCGUUCAGGUGAAUACUCUGUGAAAUCAGGCUAUUGGUUUGCAGAAAAGGAGGCAAAAAAGGAAGCUUAUGUCUCAAGUCAAGCUCUACCCUCCUUAAAUGGCAUCAAAAGUCAUAUAUGGUCACUGAACACAGCACCAAAAAUAAAAGUUUUCCUCUGGAAAGUUAUUGGAGGCGCUAUUUCUGUUGCUGACCAUCUAAUAGAAAGAGGAAUGAAGGUAGAUUCUCGCUGUCAAAUUUGUGGUUUGGAGGGAGAGUCAAUGAAUCAUGUACUUUUCAACUGUACUAUUGCAAGACAAUCCUGGGCUAUUUGUCACUUCCCUGCCCCGGUAAAUGGUUUCGACCCCUCCUCCAUCUACUCCAACAUCUUCUAUGUUUUAAAGAUGGGGAACAAUCAAAACUGGCCUGUCCAUAUCAGGAGAAGUGGUCCUUGGAUUCUAUGGCAAAUCUGGAAAAAUAGGAAUAGUUUUCUAUUCAAAGGAAGCCUCAUUGUGGGAUCAAAAUUCGCAACAUCGUUAUUACAGGAGGCUGAUCAUUGGUUCCUAAUCAAAGAAAUGGAAAAACAAGAACAAGCCAUUGAUCUUGAGAAGAAAAAAAGGAUCAUCUUUGGAUGGAAACCCCCUCCUUCAUCAUGGUUCAAAUGUGACAUUGGCUUCGAUUGGGACAAAAAUAGGAAGGAAAGUGGUGCGGCAUGGAUACUUAGGAAUGCUGAAGGGAAAGUUUUACUGCACGGUAGAAGAUCCUUCUCAAACAUUCGCAGUAAAUCAGAAUCCUCUUUUCAAAGCUGGCUUUGGGCUUUAGAAAGUAUGAAGUCUCUCCACUUUGAUCACGUUAUCUUCUCGGCUGAAGACAGAGACAUUGUUAAUGCUAUUUCAAAACCUGCUACAUGGCCAUCUCUAAAAGCUUUUUCCUUUAAGCUUAUCGAAAUGCUCCAUGAAUUUUUGUUUUGGCAGGUGGAAUCACAAUCUCGUCAAGCCCUCAAACCAGUCUUUCUUAUAGCAAAUAGUGUCAUAAAGGAGGAUCUGUUCCAAUCCUACAUUGCAUCAGGGUUCCCUGGCUGGCUUAAGAAGUUUUUUUCGUAA